GACUGUUCUGUUAUUUCUUAUUGUAGCUGAGUGAGCUGUAACUUACAUCAAAAUGAGUCUCUCUGGGGAGAGAGAGGAGGGGACCACUGCCUCUAAAAUGAGCCUCUCUGGGGAGAGAGAGGAGGAGACCACUGCCUCCAAAAUGACUCAAGACACCAGUUCUAAGAGUGUCCAGAAGCCCAGAGCAGAGUCCCCUACAACCAGCCUGCUAUCAAUGAAGAGUGAUCAGCCACCUGCUUUCAGCCAGGAACCAUUACCAGAUGACAAUAAGGAAGUGGAGAGUUUGGACAGUGAGGAUGCAUUAAAGAUCACACACAACCUUCUGGACAGAAGAAGUCAAACUCUGCUGACAGUCCAACAAGACAUUAAGGCUAAACUGAAACACAAGUAUCAACACAUAUCUGAAGGAAUUGGACACCAUGGAAACCAAAGUCUGUUAAAGGACAUCUACACAGAGCUCUACAUCACAGAGGGUGGAAGUGGAGGGCUCAAUAAUGAACAUGAGGUUAGACAGAUAGAGAUGGCAUCCAAGAAACAAACCACACAAGAGACACCAAUCAAAUGCAACGACAUCUUCAAGCCUUUACCUGGACAAGACAAACCUAUCAGAACUGUGCUGACAAAAGGAAUCGCUGGCAUUGGAAAAACAGUCUCUGUGCAGAAGGUCAUCCUUGACUGGGCAGAGGGAAAAGCAAAUCAGGACGUUCAUUUCAUGUUUCCUCUUCCUUUCCGUGAUCUGAACCUGAAAAAGGACCAAUACAGUCUGAUGCAACUUCUUUCCCACUACUUCUCAGAGCUGAAAGAGAUUGACAGCAUUGAAGAUGGUGAAACCAAAACUGUUUUCAUUUUUGAUGGUCUGGAUGAGUGUCGACUUCCUCUAGACUUCAAAAACAAUGAGAAGUGCUGUGAUGUCACGAAGCCAACCUCAGUGGACGUGCUGCUGACAAACCUCAUCGAGGGGAAUCUGCUUCCCUCUGCUCUCCUCUGGAUAACCACACGGCCUGCAGCAGCCAAUCAGAUCCCUCCUGAGUGUGUUGACCAGGUGACAGAGGUACGAGGGUUCAAUGAUCCACAGAAGGACGAGUACUUCAGGAAGAAAAUCACAGAUCAGAAUCUGGCCAAUGAAAUCAUCAAACACAUGAAGACAUCAAGGAGCCUCCACAUCAUGUGCCACAUGCCAGUCUUCUGUUGGAUAUCAGCCACUGUCCUUGAGAUGAUACUGAAAGAGGCAGAGAAGGAUGAAGUCCCCAAAACUCUGACCCAGAUGUACUCACACUUCAUACUCAUCCAACUCAUUGUGAAGAACAGGAAGUACAACAAAGCCACAGAGACAAACCCAAAGGAACUGUCUCAGUCAGACAAAGAGAUGAUCCUGAAACUGGCAAAGCUGGCUUUCCAACAGCUGCAGAAGGGCAACCUGAUCUUCUAUGAGGAGGACCUGAGAGAGUGUGGCCUUGAUGUCACAGAGGCAUCAGUGUACUCAGCAUUGUGUACAGAGAUCUUUAAAGAAGAAUCUGGGCUGUACCAAGAGAAGGUCUACAGCUUUGUGCAUCUGAGCAUUCAGGAGUUUCUAGCAGCAGUGCAUGCUUUAGAAUCAUGUCUGGACAAGAAGGAAAAUGUUUUCUCCCCCAAAGCAGUCACUAGUGAUGAUGAGCAGGACGAGGAGGAGGAGAACAAGGAUGAUGAUGAGGAGGAGGAGGAGGAGAUUGAUGAUAAGCAGGACGAGGAGGAGGAGAACAAUGACGAAGAUGAGGAUGAUGAUGACGACAAUGAUGAAGAGGAGUCAUUCCAGUUGUCUGACUUACACAGGAGAGCAGUGGACCAGGCCUUGAAGAGUGAGAAUGGACACCUGGACCUGUUCCUCCGCUUCCUUCUGGGUCAAUCACUGGAGUCCAAUCAGAAUCUGUUACGAGGCCUUCUGACACAGACAGGAAGUACAACACAGACCAAUGAGGAAACAGUUGAGAGAACAGUCAGGUACCUUUCAUACAAGAUCAAUGAGGAAUCCUCACCAGAAAGGAUCAUCAACUUGUUCCACUGUCUGAAUGAACUUGGUGCCAACUCUCUAGUUGAAGACAUGCAGACCUCCCUGCGAUCAGGAACUCUUUCAAAAACAAGACUAGAACCUGACCAAUGUUCAGCCCUGGCCUACCUGUUACUGAUGUCAGAGGAGGUGCUGGAGGAGUUUGACCUGAAGACAUACAACACAUCAGAGGAAGGUUAUCAGAGGUUGCUGCCGGUAGUGAAAACCUGCAAGAGAGCACUACUGGAUGGCUGUGAACUCGAAGAUGAAUCCUGUGAGACUCUGGCCUCAGCUCUGCAGACACCAAACUCCCCCCUGAGAGAACUGGACCUCAGCUACAAUGACCUGAGAGACAGAGGAGUGGAGCUGCUCUGUGUUGGACUAACCAGUCCACUCUGCAACAUACAGACACUAGUACUGGAUCACUGUAACCUCACAUAUAAAUCCUGUGAGACUCUGGCCUCAGCUCUGCAGACACCAAACGGCCCCCUGAGAGAACUGGACCUCAGCUACAAUGACCUGGGAGACAGAGGAGUGGAGCUGCUCUGUGUUGGACUAACCAGUCCACUCUGCAACAUACAGACACUAGUUCUAGGUCAGUGUGGUCUGACAGAGGGUUGCUGUUCAGAUCUGGCCUCAGUCCUGAGUUCACCCAACUCACAACUGAAACAACUGGAGCUGAGAGACAAUGACCUGCAGGACUCAGGAGUUACACUGCUGUCUGCUGGACUGGAGGAUCCAGACUGUAAACUACACACACUGGGGCUGUCUGGCUGUCUGGUCACAGAGGAGGGCUGUGCUGCUCUGUCUUCAGCUCUGAGGUCAUACCCCUCCCACCUGAAAGAGCUGGACCUGAGCUACAAUCAACCAGGAGACUCUGCAGGAGGACUGCUUUCAGCUGCUCUGGUGGAUCCCACAUAUAAACUGAUGAAGCUGAAUGUGGAUCAUGGUGGAGAGUGCAGGCUGAAAUCAGGGCUGAGGAAAUAUGCCUGUCAUCUCACCCUGGACCCAAAUACAGUAAACCCAAACCUGAUACUGUCUGAGGGGAACAGGAAGGUGACAUGUGUGGAAGAGAUGCAGCAUUAUGAAGACCAUCCAGACAGAUUUGACUAUCAUCCCCAAGUUCUCUGCAGAGAAGGCUUAACUGGAUGUCGUUAUUACUGGGAGGUGGAGAGGGAUGGUGACAUGGAUGGUGACAUGGCUUACAUUGGUGUGGUGUACAAAGGAAUGAACAGGAAGGGAGGGGUGCUUCACAGUGGUAUUGGAACCAAUAGGAAGUCCUGGUGUUUAAUCUGCUUUGAUGGCUUCUACUCAUUUAACCAUGCUGGAGUCAGUAGGAGAUCCAUCUCUGGUCCUGAUUCUAACAGAGUUGGAGUGUAUCUGGACUGGCCAGCUGGUACUUUGUCCUUCUAUAGUGUGUCCUCUGGUACACUGACACACCUUUACACAGAACACACCACAUUUACUGAACCCCUCUAUCCUGGGUUUGGGGUUUGCUCCUCCUCCUCCUCAGUGACCCUGUGUCAGAUAGAUGACCAACACAUUCAGAGAGACCAUGGUGGAGAGAGUUGGAUCAAGCCUGGACCUGGGAAAUGGAUUCCUCAGAGCUGUAAGACUUGUGACCAUGUUGAGGACUCCACACACUGGCUUCAGAUUGAACCCUUGACUUCCACUGUCCAGGGAGUGAAAAUGUUCAGGCACAGGACACCCAAAGGGAGUUAUGAGUGCACAGUGUCUGGGCUCCGCUGGCUGUGUGAGAGAGAUGUCAUUCUGAAGUAUCACUUCAGGAACUGGGAACCCUACAGUCAACUUCUGAAAGUCAUGCAGUACACACAAGGUGGUCCAUUGCUGGACAUCACUAUGGAGUUAGGUGAACUGGAGGAAGUUCAUCUGCCACACUUUGUCUGUUUAGGGACCAACCCUUCCCUGAGGAAUGAGAUGAAGAUUCUUCAUGUAGAGGAACAUGGAGUGUCUUUAGAGGAAGUGCAUGAGGUCACCAGAUUCCAUGCUAAGAUUCUCCAUCCCAAGUUCUCACCUAUCUCUGUUAUACUGAGAUUACUGUCUUUGAACGUAGAUGUCCACUGUGACGUGGUCCUCUAUAUGGCAGUAAAAAGGUCAACAGUCAUUUCAAGGCUGUACCUGCUCCUCAGAAACUCCAGUCAGAAAGAGGCUGUUCGGGAACAGGAGAAAAAUCAGGUGUCCAAAGGAUUUUCAGAAUUCGUCCUGUCAAGUCCAAACGGGCCCUUAAAGCUGAACAGUUUGUUUGCAUUCAAGAAUCCCCAUUCCACUUCCAUCAAUCCAGAGAAGAUUCAGCUGUUACCUGCAGACACCACACCAAGCUGUUGUCAGAUGAUUAUGGGAAACACAGGGGUUGACAUUGAGAUGGAAUUAAUCGGGGAAGAUGAGAGGACAGUAUGGAAAUCAGUGGUAUCAAAAGAUCUAUACAGCAAAGACUCUCAUCCAACAACAUUAACACUCCCUGGGAUUCCUGCUGAGGAGUUUCUGAAGAAACACAGGGCUAUACUCAUUCAGGGAGUCAAAAACCCAAUGCCAAUAGCAGAUGAUCUGUCGUCAAAGAGCAUGAUUGGUGAUGAAGAGUACUCCAGAAUAAAAGCUGAAACAACUGAACAGGACCGAAUGAGAGAACUACUGAAUGCAGUCCUCCCUAAAGGACCAGAAGUGACGGGAGCUUGUCUCAAAGCUCUCAUUGAACAUGAACACCAUCUUGUUAAGUACUUGAGUGAAUCUAGCACCUAAUCGGAAGAUGCUGAGGCCUGUCUCCUAGUCUGUGGACAAAGACACUUCUUCACCUAAUCUGAAGAUGCUGAGGCCUGUCUCCUAGUCUGUGGACAAAGACACUUCUUCACCUAAUCUGAAGAUGCUGAGGCCUGUCUCCUGGUCUGUGGACAAAGACACUUAAGUGAUUGUAAGGGAAAUGUUUAUGUUUGUGCUAUUCUUUUAACAAAUGUCUGUGUUUUAUUCAUGUGCUGUUCUAUAAACUAAUUUGUGUGUUCAUCAAGUGGCUGACUGUACAAAUCCUCACUAUCAGUAGCUGUAAUUUGGCAGUAAGCCCAGACGUUGUUUUGAGAACGAGAUAUCUCAGUUUCAAGGUCUCAGCUUAGAGAGAAGAAGACUGGUGAGGUGUUGGUCUGUUAAAUGUUAUGAACCAGUAUUGGUCUGUCAAAUGUUAUGAACCAGUAUUGGUCGGUCACAUGAAUGGAACAAAACGGUAAUGAUUCAUUAAUUAUGCUAAAUCAUGCAAAUAUAACUUGUCUGUGUAUAGCCGUAUAUAAGACAACUGCUGGGUCUGACCCGGGAGAGAUCCUGAUUGACAUGUGUACUAUGGUGCAUUGAGUUGGGUCUGACCAGGGAGAGUUCCUGAUUGACAUGUGUUCUAUGGUGCAUUGAGUUGGGUCUGACCAGGGAGAGCUCCUGAUUGGUUGGAACCUCUCCAGCUCACUGACAAUAAACAAUGAUUCAUUUCA